AUGGCGGAUGUUACCGCUCGUAGCCUGCAGUAUGAGUACAAAGCGAACUCAAACUUGGUGUUGCAAGCGGAUCGCUCUUUGAUUGACCGCACACGGAGAGAUGAGCCCACCGGAGAGGUGCUGUCCCUGGUGGGGAAGCUGGAGGGGACCAAGAUGGGUGACAAGGCUCAGAGGACCAGACCUCAGAACCUGGAAGACAGAAGAAACAAGAGACGAAAAAGAGAUGAGGACAGGCAUGACAUCAACAAAAUGAAAGGUUUUACCCUUCUGUCUGAAGGCAUUGAUGAAAUGGUGGGCAUUGUGUACAAGCCUAAAACCAAAGAAACCAGAGAGACUUAUGAAGUGCUGCUAAGCUUCAUCCAUGCAGCUCUAGGAGAUCAGCCACGUGACAUUUUGUGUGGAGCAGCUGAUGAGGUACUAGCGGUACUGAAAAAUGACAAAAUCAGGGAUAAAGAAAGGCGACGUGAAGUGGAGCAGCUUCUGGGACCUUCAGAUGACACACGGUAUCAUGUGUUGGUCAAUCUUGGAAAGAAGAUCACAGACUAUGGGGGAGACAAGGAAUUGCAGAAUAUGGAUGACAACAUUGAUGAUACGUAUGGUGUCAAUGUACAGUUUGAAUCUGAUGAGGAGGAAGGGGAUGAAAACCCGUUUGGUGAAGUGCAAGACGAGCAAUCCGAUGAAGACAGUGAGGGAGAGGAGGCGGUUGUGACCACCACACUCUCUGCCAAUCUCGGCGAAACAGGUGACGUGAUGACGGUGAAGAAAAAAGAUUUACAUCCUCGGGACAUCGAUGCCUUCUGGCUCCAGCGUCAACUCAGCCGUUUCUAUGACGAUGCCAUCGUGUCACAGAAGAAAGCGGACGAAGUCUUAGAAAUCCUCAAAACAGCCAGUGAUGACAGAGAAUGUGAGAACCAGCUGGUGUUGCUGUUGGGUUUCAACACUUUUGAUUUCAUUAAAAUCCUCCGUCAGCAUCGGCGCAUGAUUCAGUAUUGUACAAUGCUAGCAAGCGCUCAGAGUGAGGCAGAAAAGGAGAGGAUCAUUGGAAAGAUGGAGUCUGAUCCGGAGCUGUCAAAGAUUCUCUACAAGCUGCAAGAGACGGAAAAGGAGGACAUCAUUCGAGAAGAACAAUCUCGUAGAGAGCGAGUGAGGAAGUCUCGUGUUGAUGACUUGGAAGCGAUGGACACUGACCAUGGAGAGUCAGUGAUGCCUCGACAGAUUUUGGACCUGGAAGACCUGACCUUCACCCAGGGGAGUCAUUUCAUGGCUAACAAACGCUGCCAGCUCCCAGACGGCUCUUUUCGCAAACAGCGCAAAGGUUAUGAAGAAGUUCACGUUCCCGCCCUGAAACCCAAAGCUUUCGCUGACAACGAGGUACUUGUUUCCAUCGACAAGUUGCCCAAGUAUGCUCAGGCUGGGUUUGAAGGUUUCAAAACUCUAAAUCGAAUCCAGAGUAAACUGUUCAAGUCUGCAAUGGACACAGACGAAAACCUUCUAGUGUGUGCUCCCACGGGAGCUGGUAAGACCAAUGUUGCCCUAAUGGCAAUGUUAAGAGAAAUUGGAAAGCAUAUAAACAUGGACGGCACGAUCAACGUGGACGAUUUCAAAAUCAUCUACAUUGCACCCAUGCGCUCGCUUGUACAAGAGAUGGUGGGAAGUUUUAGUAAGCGAUUGGCAAGUUACGGCAUCACCGUGUCUGAGCUGACAGGAGACCACCAACUCUGUAAAGAGGAGAUCAACGCCACUCAGAUCAUUGUCUGCACCCCAGAAAAGUGGGAUAUCAUUACUCGGAAAGGGGGAGAACGUACUUACACUCAGCUAGUGCGCCUCAUCAUCAUUGAUGAAAUUCACCUGCUGCACGAUGACCGUGGUCCUGUGCUGGAAUCCCUGAUCGCAAGGACCAUUCGCAAUGUGGAGCUGACCCAAGACGAUGUCCGCCUGUUGGGUCUCAGUGCCACACUACCCAACUACGAAGAUGUGGCAACGUGCCUGCGCGUGGAUCCUGCAAAGGGACUGUUCUACUUUGACAACAGUUUCCGCCCUGUGCCCCUGGAGCAGACUUAUGUUGGCAUCACAGAGAAGAAAGCCAUCAAGCGUUUCCAGAUCAUGAACGAGAUUGUUUAUGAAAAAAUCAUGGAGCAUGCUGGGAAGAACCAGGUGCUUGUAUUCGUUCACUCCAGGAAGGAGACGGGCAAGACGGCCCGAGCCAUAAGGGACAUGUGCUUGGAGAAGGACACUCUGGGUCUCUUUCUCAGAGAAGGCUCUGCAUCCACUGAAGUGUUGAGAACUGAGGCCGAGCAAUGCAAGAACCUGGAGUUGAAGGAUUUGCUUCCGUAUGGUUUUGCAAUCCACCACGCUGGUAUGACCAGAGUGGACCGUACCCUGGUGGAGGAUCUGUUUUCAGAUCGGCACAUUCAGGUUCUGGUGUCUACAGCCACUCUGGCAUGGGGCGUCAACUUGCCGGCCCAUACUGUCAUCAUCAAAGGAACCCAAGUUUAUAGUCCGGAGAAAGGCAGAUGGACUGAGCUCGGAGCCUUGGAUAUUCUGCAGAUGCUUGGUCGGGCUGGUCGUCCCCAGUAUGACACCAAAGGGGAGGGAAUCCUGAUCACGUCCCACGGAGAACUGCAGUACUAUCUGUCUCUGCUCAACCAGCAGCUUCCUAUUGAGAGUCAGAUGGUGGCAAAACUACCAGACAUGCUAAACGCAGAAAUUGUUCUAGGCAAUGUUCAGACCGUGAAGGAUGCGGUGAACUGGCUCGGCUACACCUACUUGUACGUGCGUAUGCUCCGCAACCCCACCCUUUAUGGAAUUUCCCAGGAUGACCGAAGUGCAGACCCGCUUCUGGAGAGGCGCAGGAUGGACCUGAUUCACACAGCAGCCAAUGUCCUGGACAAGAACAGCCUCGUCAAAUAUGACAAGAGGACAGGCGCUUUCCAGGUGACAGACCUGGGACGCAUUGCCAGUCACUUCUAUAUCACUCAUGACUCAGUUCAGACCUACAACCAGCUCCUGAAACCCACUCUCAGUGAGAUUGAGCUCUUCAGAGUCUUUUCACUUUCCUCAGAGUUUAAGAACAUCAAUGUGAGAGAGGAAGAAAAACUGGAGCUUCAGAAGCUACUGGAGAGAGUUCCUAUUCCAGUGAAGGAGAGCAUUGAGGAACCCAGUGCCAAGAUUAACGUCCUGCUGCAAGCAUUCAUCUCUCAACUCAAACUUGAAGGCUUUGCUCUCAUGGCAGACAUGGUUUAUGUUACACAGAGUGCUGGACGGUUGAUGCGCGCCAUAUUUGAGAUCGUGCUAAACCGAGGCUGGGCUCAGCUCACAGAUAAGACCAUGAACCUGUGCAAGAUGAUCGACAAGAGAAUGUGGCAGUCGAUGUCUCCUUUGCGUCAGUUCAAAAAGCUGCCAGAGGAAGUGGUCAAGAAGAUUGAGAAGAAAAACUUCCCUUUUGAGCGUCUGUACGAUCUCAACCACAAUGAGAUUGGCGAACUGAUUCGAAUGCCAAAGAUGGGGAAGACCAUUCACAAAUACGUCCAUCAGUUCCCAAGACUGGACCUCGCCGUUCAUCUCCAGCCCAUCACUCGCUCCACUCUGAAAGUGGAGCUCACCAUCACGCCUGACUUCCAGUGGGACGAUAAGAUUCACGGAUCAUCUGAAGCUUUCUGGAUCCUGGUGGAGGACGUUGACAGUGAAGUGAUCCUCCACCACGAGUACUUCCUCCUUAAAGCCAAGUACGCCCAGGACGAACAUCUGGUGACGUUCUUUGUCCCCGUGUUUGAGCCUCUGCCUCCUCAGUAUUUCAUCCGCAUGGUUUCAGACCGAUGGCUCUCCUGUGAGACUCAGCUCCCAGUGUCCUUCCGCCACCUCAUCUUGCCAGAGAAGUACCCCCCACCCACUGAGCUGCUGGACCUGCAGCCGCUGCCCGUCACUGCUCUCAGGAACUCUGCCUUUGAAGCUCUCUACCAGAACAAGUUUCCGUUCUUCAAUCCAAUUCAGACACAAGUCUUCAAUGCCGUGUACAACAGUGACGAUAAUGUGUUUGUGGGAGCUCCCACUGGGAGUGGAAAGACCAUCUGUGCGGAGUUUGCCAUUCUCAGAAUGCUGCUGCACAACACAGAAGGCCGCUGUGUGUAUAUCACUCCCAUGGAAGCACUGGCUGAGCAGGUCUUUGUUGACUGGCAUCAGAAGUUCCAGGACAUCCUGAACAAGAAGGUGGUGCUCCUAACUGGGGAGACCAGCACCGAUCUGAAGCUUUUGGGGAAAGGGGACAUCAUCAUCAGCACCCCAGACAAAUGGGACAUCUUGUCUCGUCGCUGGAAACAGAGAAAGAAUGUGCAGAACGUCAGCCUUUUCAUUGUGGAUGAAGCACACCUUAUUGGUGGAGAAAAUGGACCGGUGUUGGAGGUUAUCUGCUCCAGAAUGAGGUACAUCUCCUCACAAAUCGAGCGUCCCAUCCGCAUCGUCGCCCUCAGCUCGUCUCUGUCCAAUGCCAAAGACAUGGCUCACUGGCUGGGCUGCAGCACCACGGCCACCUUUAAUUUCCACCCAAAUGUCAGACCUGUGCCUCUGGAGCUGCACAUUCAGGGUUUCAACGUCAGUCAUACUCAGACACGGCUGCUUUCCAUGGCCAAGCCAGUCUAUCAUGCCAUCAUGAAGCACUCCCCAUCCAAGCCGGCGGUGGUGUUCGUACCGUCACGCCGACAGACCCGCCUCACUGCCAUUGACAUCCUCACUUUCUGCGCCGCCGACGUGGUUCCUCAGAGGUUCUUGCAUUGCACCGAGAAAGACCUGGUACCAUUCCUGGAGAAAAUAAAUGAUCCCACUCUGAAAGAGACUCUGGCCAAUGGUGUGGGAUAUCUGCAUGAAGGCCUGUCAGCAACUGAACGCAAAAUAGUGGAACAGCUGUUCAACUCGGGUGCUGUCCAGGUGGUUGUUUCUUCUCGUUCUCUCUGCUGGGGAAUUAGCAUCUCUGCACAUUUGGUCAUUGUCAUGGACACCCAGUACUACAAUGGAAAAAUCCAUGCAUAUGUGGAUUAUCCCAUUUAUGACGUUCUCCAGAUGGUGGGCAAAGCAAACAGACCCAUGCUGGAUGAUGAAGGACGAUGCGUCAUUAUGUGUCAGGGCUCUAAGAAGGACUUCUUCAAGAAGUUCCUGUAUGAGCCCUUGCCUGUGGAGUCUCACUUGGAUCACUGUCUCCACGACCACUUCAACGCAGAGAUCGUUACCAAGACGAUCGAGAACAAGCAGGAUGCCGUGGAUUACCUAACCUGGACGUUCCUCUACAGGCGGAUGACGCAGAACCCCAACUACUACAACCUGCAGGGCAUGUCCCAUCGUCACCUGUCUGACCACCUGUCAGAGCUGGUGGAAAACACGCUGCACGACCUUGAGCAGUCCAAAUGCAUCAGCAUUGAGGAUGAAAUGGAUGUGGCACCACUCAAUUUGGGCAUGAUUGCUGCCUACUACUACAUCAACUACACCACCAUCGAGUUGUUUAGCAUGUCUCUGAACGCAAAGACGAAGAUCCGCGGGUUAAUUGAAAUCAUCUCCAAUGCUGCUGAGUAUAAAAACAUUCCCAUCAGGCACCACGAGGACACACUUCUUCGACAGCUGGCACAGAAAGUUCCCCACAAGCUCAACAACCCGAAGUUCAACGAUCCCCACGUGAAGACGAAUUUGCUGCUGCAAGCUCAUCUCUCCAGGAUGCAGCUGAGCGCAGAGCUGCAGUCAGACACUGAAGAGAUCCUGAGCAAGGCGAUCCGCCUCAUCCAGGCCUGCGUGGACGUGCUGUCUAGUAACGGCUGGCUCAGUCCUGCGCUGGCUGCCAUGGAGCUGGCCCAGAUGGUCACCCAGGCUAUGUGGUCCAAGGACUCCUACCUGAAACAGCUGCCCUACUUCACCUCAGAGCACAUCAAGCGUUGUACUGACAAGGGUGUGGAGAGUAUAUUUGACAUAAUGGAAAUGGAGGAUGAAGACCGAAGCGGCUUGCUGCAGCUCACAGACGCUCAGAUGGCAGACGUGGCUCGCUUCUGUAACCGUUACCCCAACAUCGAGCUCGCGUAUGAAGUGGUAGAAAGGGAUAACAUAAAGAGUGGCAGUCCAGUUCUGGUUCAGGUUCAGCUGGAGCGUGAGGAGGAGGUGACUGGCCCUGUCGUCGCUCCCCUUUUCCCUCAGAAACGUGAGGAGGGCUGGUGGGUUGUGAUCGGAGACCCGAAGUCGAACAGCCUGAUCUCAAUCAAGAGGCUGACUCUGCAACAAAAAGCGAAGGUCAAGCUGGACUUUGUGGCACCAGCGAUGGGCAUUCACAACUACACGCUGUACUUCAUGAGCGACGCUUACAUGGGCUGUGAUCAGGAGUACAAGUUCAGUGUGGACGUGAAGGAGGCAGACAGCGACAGCGAUUCAGAUUAAGCUGGAAAUUCAAAUUCUACAUUUUUAAUCCUUUUUUUUUUUUCAAUAAAUAAUGGGAUCAGGUUUUAUAUGUAGAUAUUUACCCCGAUCAAUCUCUGAGAGUGACCCUGUCAGUUCUCUGUGGGUGUUAUAACAUGUUUUCGUAGUCAGUACAAUCGUUUUAUCCUGUAUGUUAAACAGCUUUUCAGAAGUUUUGUGUUCUUUACGUUGACCAUUGAUGUACUUUUCACAAAAUUAUUCAAAGAUAAGUCUAAGACAUCUUAAACUGCCGUUGAACAGCUGAGUCUCAUCCACAUUGCAUGUUUAAAUAGAUUAGACUUUCCAUUUUACUUUGGUUAAACGUCAUAAGAUUUUUUGGAUUGGUUAAACCGUUUAAUCAUUCAUGCUGUCUGUUUGUUUUUUGCAAUAAAAACAUCUGAAAAUUG